UUUGAUUGGCUGUCUUUGGAGAGCGGACAAAGCGGAAAUGCAAAGGCGGAAAAAAAUAGCACACUCAUUUCUUUAGAGUGAGAGUGUGCUGAAGGAGUGGAUUAUUCGGGAGAAAGACUUGACACUUCAGUCUCAGGCUUCAGGACUGCAGCAUUACAGCACCAUGUCUUACCUUCCAGCCCUCUUCAAAUAUGUGGAUGAACACCAGGAUGAAUACAUUCAGCGCCUGGCUGAUUGGGUGGCCGUGCAGAGUGUCUCAGCCUGGCCUGAGAAACGUGGAGAGAUCAAGAAAAUGAUGGAGAUGGCAGCCAAAGACAUAGAGAGGCUGGGAGGCACGGUGGAGUUGGUGGACAUCGGAAAACAGAAACUGCCAGGCGGUGAAGAGAUUCCUCUUCCUCCUAUAAUCCUGGGCAGGCUAGGCUCAGACCCGGGCAAGAAGACAGUGUGCAUCUAUGGACACCUGGAUGUCCAGCCUGCGCAUCUUGAGGAUGGUUGGGACUCAGAGCCCUUCACUCUGGUGGAGAGAGACGGAAAACUUUAUGGGCGUGGAUCUACAGAUGACAAAGGCCCUGUGCUCGCCUGGUUUAAUGUGAUUGAGGCUUUUCAAAAGAUAGGACAGGAGCUGCCUAUCAACAUUAAGUUCUGUUUCGAGGGGAUGGAAGAGUCUGGCUCUGAGGGUUUGGAUGAUUUGGUGUUCUCACGCAAGGACACAUUCUUUAAGGACGUGGACUACGUUUGCAUCUCAGACAACUACUGGCUGGGCAAGACCAAGCCCUGCAUUACCUACGGCCUGAGAGGAAUCUGCUACUUCUUUGUAGAGGUGGAAUGCUGUGAUAAGGAUCUGCAUUCUGGAGUAUUCGGAGGCUCCGUGCAUGAAGCCAUGACUGAUCUGAUUACUCUCAUGGGCUCGUUGGUGGAUAAGAAGGGAAAGAUCCUGGUGCCGGGGAUGUAUGACAGUGUUGCUCAGCUCACUGAUGAGGAGAAAAAGCUUUAUGAGAAGAUCGAGUUUGACCUGGAAGAGUACAGCAAAGACGUGGGAACCAAACGUCUGCUGCACAGCACUAAGGAGCAAGUGUUGAUGCACCGCUGGAGGUACCCGUCUCUUUCACUGCAUGGCAUUGAGGGUGCUUUCUCUGCCAGCGGAGCAAAGACGGUCAUCCCACGCAAAGUCAUCGGCAAGUUCUCUAUCCGCCUGGUGCCUGACAUGGACCCCAAAGUGGUGGAGGAACAGGUCGUCUCCCACAUCAAUAAGAAGUUUGCCGAGCUGGAGAGCCCCAACAACAUAAAGGUGUACAUGGGCCAUGGAGCCAAGGCCUGGGUGUCUGAUUUUAACCAUCCUCACUACAUGGCGGGUAGAAAUGCCAUGAAGACGGUUUUUGGCGUUGAGCCUGAUCUGACCCGGGAGGGAGGAAGUAUCCCCGUGACCCUGACCUUCCAGGAGGCUACAGGACGCAACGUCAUGCUGCUUCCUGUUGGCUCAUCGGACGAUGGAGCUCACUCCCAAAACGAGAAACUCAACAGGUCCAACUACAUCCAGGGAACUAAAAUGUUGGGCGCUUACUUCCAUGAAGUAUCUCAGCUCAGUUAACAGGAUUCGUGUGGAUUAGUAUAACCAAGUUGGCUUGAUAAGGGAAUAAAAAUUGUCCUUCUUAUUAAAUUAAGCUAUUUUGUAAUUAGAUAUAAUAUUUAAUACCAACAUGCCUGUAAGUACCCAGUACCCAGGAAGUGUAUCAGAAACAGUGGUGACUGUAGGAGUCAGUGGUUUGGGUCGUGUCAUAUGAUCUAAUGACGGAUCAAGCUGGAGCUACAGUAAAACACCACCUGACAUUAGAUAUGGGCUCAUAUGUAGCAAAUAAAGAUGCUUCUUGAGUUUAAUCCAGCAUUGUUCAAAAUAAUCGGUAAACCAAAUCAAAGUGCUGCUCUGGAGGUGUAAAAAUGGUUGGUUCUGGCAAACGGUCUUAUGAGCAUGCUCUUUGAUCAAUAACAGGAAGUAUGACUGUUAGGGCAUUUUUCCUUUAAUCUUUUUAAUUGUUGGAUUGUAAAAUGUCACAUACAAAAAGGCAUCAACAAUAAAAGAUGGUUAUUCAUCA